AGUAGUGAAUAACAAAGUGGUUACAAUUUGUGUUAUUGUGAGGGAGCAAUUAAGCAGCCUUUCCUAGUAAAGUCUCCAGAAUAGUAUCCCCUCAGUAUCGUCAUUGACUCAUCGUGUGUUUUGAGGAAGACAUUUGUAAGUGAUACCGUGAGGGACUAAAGCAACAGUGGGGUGGCGGCCCUCCCCCGUGUGUGGUGGCGGGGGUGACCCGGUAAGGCAGCAGUGCGUGUUGGCGAGGCGCGCACGCGGCCACCUGCUGUAUUCAACAUGGGGAACGCACCUUGCCGCACCAUAAAGACUGCGGCCAUGCGCAGGACAGACGCCGUUGCAGACAUCGCCCUUAUUGGGUUGGCGGUGAUGGGGCAGAACCUUAUUCUUAACAUGAAUGAUCAUGGUUGGGUUGUGUGUGCUUACAACCGCACUACAGAGAAGGUAGACGCGUUCCUAGCAAAUGAAGCAAAAGAUACAAAAAUUGUUGGAGCCCAUUCACUUCAAGAAAUGGUUUCGAAGCUCAAGAAGCCACGCCGUAUCAUGAUCCUUGUCAAAGCUGGAGCAGCUGUGGACAGCUUCAUUGAUAAGCUGGUCCCCCUCUUGGACAAAGGAGAUAUAAUAAUUGACGGUGGUAACUCAGAAUACCAAGACACACAGAGGAGGUGUGAAGAGCUUGCAGAGAAGGGCCUACUGUAUGUUGGUUCUGGAGUAUCGGGUGGGGAGGAAGGUGCUCGUUAUGGUCCUUCUCUUAUGCCUGGUGGCCAUAAAGAGGCAUGGCCUUACAUCAAGGAUAUAUUCCAGAGCAUCUGUGCUAGGUCAAAUGGUGAGCCUUGUUGUGAUUGGGUUGGUGAAGAUGGAGCUGGUCAUUAUGUGAAGAUGGUGCACAAUGGUAUUGAAUAUGGAGACAUGCAGCUCAUCUGUGAAGCUUACCACCUAAUGAAGUCUGGCCUUGGCAUAGACUGUGAUGAAAUGAGUGAGGUAUUCACAGAGUGGAACCAAGGAGAGCUUGAUUCAUUCCUUAUUGAAAUUACUGCAAAUAUUUUGAAAUUUAAGGACACUGAUGGUUCUCCACUUGUGGAAAAGAUUCGGGAUGCUGCUGGUCAAAAGGGCACAGGCAAAUGGACAGCAAUUUCUGGUCUUGACUAUGGCACCCCAACCACACUCAUUGCAGAGUCUGUAUUUGCACGCUGUUUGUCUUCCCUAAAGGAUGAACGUGUUAAAGCGAGUAAUGUUUUGGAAGGUCCUGGAGAAAAUAAAUAUUCUGGGGAUAAGCAAGAGUUUCUUGAAAACAUACGCAAGGCGCUCUAUGCCAGCAAGAUAGUGUCCUAUGCCCAAGGUUUUAUGUUACUACGGGAGGCUGCAGCUAAAUUUGGCUGGAACUUGAACUACGGCGGUAUUGCUCUUAUGUGGCGAGGAGGUUGCAUAAUUAGAAGUGUGUUUCUGGGCAAGAUAAAGGAGGCUUUUGACAAGAACUCAGAGUUGACCAACCUGUUAUUGGAUGAUUUCUUCAAAGAUGCUGUUGGCAAUUGUCAGUCUGGAUGGCGGGCUGUUGUGGCCCAGGGUGCCUUGCUUGGCAUCCCAACACCUGCCCUCAGUUCUGCACUUGCCUUCUAUGAUGGCUACAGAUCUGCUGUGCUUCCUGCCAACCUGAUUCAGGCACAACGGGACUAUUUUGGAGCCCACACCUAUGAAUUGACUGCUUCACCAGGCAAAUUCCAUCACACUAACUGGACUGGCACUGGUGGUAAUGUGUCUGCAACCACAUAUGAUGCCUAAAUAUUACUUAUGUCUGUAUAUAAAUACUCUGACUUUGGCUAAGAUUACAAUGAGAUACCAAUAAUGAAUUAGUGAUUUUACUAGAUAGUUAAAAUACUUUGAAUGUGAUAAAUUUGUUAAAUUAAGAUUUAGAUGAUGAUGAAUUUGGAUUCCAGGAAUUUAUGGAGAUUGUGCUCUGAUAUAAAUAACCAUGUCACCCUUGAAAAUCUAUGAACGAUCAUAAUUGCUUGAAAGUGGAUUUUUGUUAACAUACUGUAAUUUGCUAAUAAAUAUAAUUUCUUGUAUAUUCUAUUAUUUUAAAUAUAAAUAUAUCCAUGUAUAAUUUCACACAAAUAAUACUGUAUCAUUAAUGCACCAUUCUUGAUUUGAGCAUAGAUUUUUUCCAUUAUAUUUCAUAAGCUAGGCCAUUUUAUUUCCAGUCCAUUUUUUUUUUUUUUUUUUUUUUUUUUUUUUGACAAUAUACAUUCCAUUUCAGUCAUUCCAAAUUGUUGAUGUUAGGGACUAUUUUGCAUUCUUUGUCUUAAUAUAAAUGAAACUACAAUAUAUCCAAUAAAAUCAAAACUGAUCACUGUGUAGUUUAUUAUACAGUAAUAUUGAAUACAGCUAAUAAGAGUAAUUUGAAUUAUUAGCUUAGGGCUUUCCUAAGAUUAAGUACCAGUUGUAUGAUGGCAAUUUUGUCUUGUCACCAAUAGGGAAUUGCAAGUCUUGUCCAUUCAUAAUAAAAUCAUUGUUGAUUUAUGUCAAAAGCCCCCAGCCUAUUCACACUGGUACUUUAAAAUAAAAUGCAACACAUUUGGGUGGUAAUUGAAUUUGCAGUUGCUCUCAAGGCAUGGUAAUUUUUGUUUUAAAUAAUGUUAUGCAUUGAAUUUGAAAAAACUGUGGACAGCCAAUCAAGCAUCAGUGUAGACCAUAUGCCUCAAAUACAAUUGUAUGCCUAUGAAAACAUUUACUUAAAUGUCACUAAACCUCAACAGUAGGUAAAUUAUUUUAUUCCCUAUCCCAUCACCAGAGUUCAUUUAUAAGUACACAUACUGUGUUUUAAAUGAAUUCAAAUAUUAUAUACCAUUAUGUUCCCUAAAGGAAACAAUGAAAUACUGUACUGCAUCCUGAAAUGUCAAUCGUAUAUUUAUCUAAAAAAUGCAGGGUAUUCUUGAUAUCAUUAUGCUAAUUAUUUUUAUGUAAUUAGGUCACGUACAAGUAUACUCUGGUAUAAUGUUCCUUUGAGUCACCUGUCUCUCGAUAAAAUCCUCGGGAAUGCAAUACCUUUGACAAAACUCAGUCAUUUUUCUCUUGUAUUGGCAUCCCGCGUGAUACCGAGAACCUUUGGACUAUUGUGACACAGUAUUAUAUUCUUUCUGGCUUGGCGUUGUCUUUCAUAAUUACUAGCACUAGUAUAAUGUAUUUAUAUAGCAUUUAUGCAGUAAUUGUUUGAAAUACUUUAUUCCCAAUACUAUAUUGUAAAAUUUACUACCAGCAACAAAAACUUUAAGUUAUGCAUCUAGUAGCUGCAUAUGUUUUCCGAACUGGUUGGCAAGUUGCCAGGGGGAUUAUGCUGUGGGUGACAACGUCUAAAUCAUUGAAUGCGAUGUUUGGCGCAAAGAUUAAAAAAAAAAAAAAAAAAAGUAUGUAAAUGAUCAUGUUCAUCACUGUGCAUCUAAUAUUUACAAUGAAGCAAUCCCAUUUGUGAGGGGGGGGGGGGUUAAAUGUGGAACAUAAAAUUUGUUAGAGCAGAGUUUUUAUUGCAGCUUUAAAGCAGGUAAUUAAACAGUUUUAUCAACUUUCAAAUAUGUUUUCAUAUUGCUUAUAGUGCACAUAUCUUACAAAUUUUAAAAUUGCUUUCAAACAUUUUUUGUUGUAACUUGUGUAAAGUAAAAAUUCUGAUUUAUAAAUAAAGUUUCAAAUAAAAUUACAGGACAGUAUGUUAUUGAAGUUGUAGAUAAUGUAUUUUAUUUUGCUAGACAAAAACGAGAAUGUACUCCCAGCAGUGAAGCAAUAUUUUAUUGUUAGUCUUGAGUAAUUUUAUCAUUGUACUGUACUUGGAUUACUUAACACUUUCUCUCCCUGAUGCCACAAUAUGCGUCAUAAAACCAAAACAUGCAGAGUGGCUGAUGACAAACAUAGUCAUGCAAACAUUUUUGCAAUGUCUUAUUAAGUAUAAACAUUGUGAGUGAAUGAGAUUAACAUUGGAGUGUGUGCUCGGCCUACCUUCCAGUGCAAUUUGGGUGCCCUGCCGGGUCAGCGAAAGUGUUCAGAAAUUAACAUAAGCAUUCAAGCCUUAAUUUAUGAAUGUUGAAUGUUAUUACAUAAUACCCCAUGAUAUGUACAUCAGCAAAAUUCCAUAUAUUCAUUUAAGAGGCCUUCAUUACUAUUAUUCUUCAGAGUAUUUUGUAGUUGUACUAUACUUUUUGGAAGUUAAAUUUAAUAAUGAAAUAAAAGGACUUUAUAUGAAUUUUAAUAUAUAAUUUAUAGAAA